GGAGGGGUCAUUGAUUGGCACCGCCCAGUUCCUGGUUUGGGUCCCAAUUUGACCCAAAGAGUUGUCAGCAAACAUGAAUGGAGAAUGUCCGGAGUCCGGCGGCCCCAGCCCUGUCACCCCGACCGCUACCCAACCCGGCUGCGACUUGACCUUCAAGGUCAUGCUCCUGGGUGACUCCGGCGUGGGCAAAACCUGCUUCCUUAUGCAGUUCCGAGACGGUGCAUUUCUCUCAGGAGCCUUUCUGGCCACAGUUGGCAUUGACUUCAGGUAUAAGAUUGUCACUGUGGAUGGACUAAAGGUGAAAUUACAGAUCUGGGACACAGCCGGACAGGAGCGAUUCCGCAGUGUGACGCACGCCUACUACAGGGAUGCGCAGGCCCUUCUCUUGCUUUAUGAUAUCACAAGCAAAACAUCAUUUGACAACAUUCGGGCCUGGCUCACGGAUAUUCAUGAAUAUGCACAAAAGGAUGUGGUCAUCAUUCUGCUUGGCAAUAAGAAUGAUAUGGAUGCAGCCCGGAUCAUAGAGACUGAGGAUGGGGAGUCUCUGGCAAAGGAAUACGGAGUGCCCUUUAUGGAGACGAGCGCCAAGAGUGGCGUCAAUGUGGAGCUGGCAUUUUUAGCUGUGGCCAAGGAGCUAAAGGAGAGGGCUUCAGUGAAGGAGGAACGCUCAUUUCAGAUCCAUAAUUACAUUGAUUCCAAGAAGAAGAAAGACAACUGCUGUGCCAAUUGACUUGGUGGGGUGUAGUCUAUAAAACAGCACCCGUUUCCCAUCGCUACCAGCACUUUUAGAUCUGGAACAAAGGAGCCACCCCAUUACAUUCUAAUCGCACCCCAUUAAAAGAAUGCACUCAACUCCCACAGGCUCUGCCAAACUCAGGAAGAAAAAGGGAACCCACGUAUCAGGAGGAAGAGACGGACGUCAUUCCCCACAUGAUAAGAACACAUUCCAUAAGCGUGAAGCGCGUUGAUACCCUAAGUAAACACAUGCGCCCGCCUUUGGGGAUCCAUCCAAGUACAGAGAAGCUCUUUGCGCUUUAUGGAAGAAAUGAUGUGCCAAACAGACUUGUUCUCAUGUUAAUCUUCACAAACAGCAGCAUUUGUGUAAGUGCCAAGUUACCCGUUACCCCUUGUUCCUGUGCCACGGUGCCUGCCAGACACAUGUUUACAUUUUGUAGUUUAAAGGGGCAGUUCCUGUUGCCCUUGGAUAUAAUUUUAGCUAAAUGCUGCUGAGAUAUCGGCAUUGACUCUGGAGAAUCUGGAAACAGGAACAGACAAAGAACUUUCUUUGUGCUUUUUUUAUUUUAUUUUAUAACACCAUAAAUAAAUAUGAGAUGCCAUAAAGACGCCAACAUACUGGGAGUGUUUUUCACACUCACAUGCAGACUUGUGAGGCUGUGCGAUCGAUAUGCGGUUACUUUUACAUAAACUAAUUCUGAUUCUGUUUA